CCCAUAAACCCUUCUUUUCCCUCCGACCGCCAUCCGUUUCAAAAUUCCCCCACACUUAUCGUUCCCAAAAAGCAAUCUCGUAAGCACAACUCACAGGACUUACUUUACACCCUACGAUCUACCCACCGGCGAUGAGAUUUUUCGGCAGAGGCUCUUCCGAUGACUCGUCGCCGAAAUCGCCGGCGACGGCAUCUCCUUCAACUCCUAAUUUUCCUUCAUCCAGCGCCGUACCCUCCGGCCAAGCGAGAGCUAUCCGCCUUGUCUACUGUGACGAGAAAGGGAAGUUCCAGAUGGAUCCGGAAGCUGUCUCUGUUCUUCAACUCGUCAAAGAACCCGUUGGCGUUGUUUCGGUCUGCGGUCGUGCUCGACAGGGAAAGAGUUUUAUCUUGAAUCAGCUUCUUGGUAGGAGUAGUGGAUUUCAAGUGGCAUCAACUCAUCGCCCAUGUACAAAAGGCCUUUGGCUAUGGAGUACUCCUAUAAAGAGAACUGCUCUUGAUGGAACUGAAUACAGCCUGUUACUCUUAGAUAGCGAAGGAAUUGAUGCCUACGAUCAAACGGGGACAUACAGCACACAGAUCUUCUCUCUAGCUGUCCUCUUAUCAAGCAUGUUCAUAUACAACCAAAUGGGAGGUAUUGAUGAGGCUGCACUUGAUCGCCUCUCUCUUGUAACAGAAAUGACUAAACAUAUUCGUGUAAGAGCCUCUGGUGGAAAGACUACAGCUUCUGAGCUUGGACAAUUCUCCCCAAUCUUUGUCUGGCUUUUAAGGGACUUUUAUUUGGACUUAGCUGAGGAUAAUAGGAAAAUAACUCCUCGUGAUUACCUAGAGCUUGCUUUGAGGCCUGUUAAUGGUGCUGUUAGAGAUAUUGCUGCCAAGAAUGAGAUUCGUGAAUCCAUUCGAGCUCUUUUCCCUGAUAGAGAAUGCUUCACUCUUGUUAGACCUGUGAACAAUGAGAACGAGCUCCAACGACUUGACCAGAUUCCGUUGGGUGACAUGAGGCCAGAGUUCAAAGCAGGACUUGAUGCUUUAACAAGGUUUGUUUUUGAGAGGACUAGGCCCAAGCAAAUGGGGUCCACAGUUAUGACUGGACCUAUUUUUGCACGUAUCACUCAGUCUUUUCUAGAUGCUCUUAAUAAUGGUGCAGUGCCUACAAUAACCUCUUCAUGGCAGAGUGUUGAAGAAGCAGAGUGUGAAAGGGCAUAUGAGUCAGCUACUGAUCUUUAUGUGUCAAUCUUUGAUCGUACAAAGCCACCUGAGGAAGCUGCAAUGAGAGAAGCACAUGAAGAGGCUGUUCAAAAGGCAAUGGCCAAUUUUAAUGCCAUUGCAGUGGGAUCUGGUUCUGCUAGACAAAAAUACGAAAAACGUUUUCAUACUUUUUUGAAAAAGGCUUUUGAGGAUCAUAAAAGGAAUGCCUUUAGAGAGGCUUACUUGCAAUGCACAACUGCCAUACAGAACAUGGAAAAAGAACUAAGAAAAACCUGUCAGUCUCCUUCCACAAAAUUAGACGAUGUUUUGAAGGUUCUUGAUCGGCUUUUAUCAAAAUAUGAAUCAACCUGUCAUGGUCCAGAAAAAUGGCAGAAACUAACUUCAUUCUUACGCCAAAGUUUGGAAGGCCCAAUUCUUGAUUUAGUAAAGAAACAAAUCGAUCAAAUCACCUCUGAAAAAAGCUCUCUCAAUCUAAAAUGUCGCUCAAUCGAAGACAAAAUGGAACUCCUCACCAAACAAUUAGAAGCAAGCGAAAAGUACAAAUCCGAUUACUUAAAGCGCUAUGAGGACGCCAUAAACGACAAAAACAAACUGACACAAGAUUACAUGAGCCGAAUAACAAAUCUCCAAAAAAACUCAAGCUCAUUAGACGAAAGAUGUUCCACUCUUACAAAAACAAUCGAAUCCACAAAACACGAAUCCAUGGAAUGGAAACGAAAAUACGAAGCUUCAUUAUCAAAACAAAAAUCCACAGAAAAUCAAGCCGCCUCAGAAGUUGCAAAUCUGAAAUCAAGAAGCAAUGCAGCUGAAGUACGAUUAGCUGCUGCCCGAGAACAAACCAUGUCUGCCCAAGAAGAGGCCGAGGAGUGGAAACGUAAAUAUGACAUUGCUGUCAGGGAAGCUAAAACCGCUCUUGAAAAGGCUGCUGCUAUUCAAGACCGGUCAAACAAACAAACUCAACAACGCGAAGAUGUUCUCAGAGCAGAAUUCUCCGGUACUAUGGCCGAUAAGGAAGCUGAAUUGAAAGAUAGGGCAUCAAAGCUUGAACAUGCUGAGCAGUGUGUCACUACUUUAAGCUUGCAACUGAAGACGGCAGAGUCGAAGAUAAAGAAUUAUGACUUGGAAAUAUCUUCGUUCAAAAGCCAAAUGAAGGAGUUAGGAGAGAGGUUGGAAGGUGCAAACGCAAGAGCUCAAUCAUACGAACGAGAAGCGCAGAUUCUAGAGCAAGAAAAGAUUCAUCUAGAACAAAAAUACCGGUCAGAGUUUGAGCGGUUUGAAGAAGUCCAAGAAAGAUGUAAAAACGCUGAAAAGGAAACAAAACGGGCAACUCAGCUAGCCGACACUGCCCGGGCAGAAGCCGUAACUGCCCAAAAAGAAAAAAAUGAAAUCCAAAAACUAGCAGGCGAACGACUGACCGAAAUUGCAAGAUCCGAAAGGCGUAUUGAAAAUCUCGAGAGACAAACGAAAGAUUUAGCGGAUGAGCUGGAAAGCUUCCGGUCUGCUGAGCUGGACGCGGUGUCCAAAGUGGCAAUGUUGGAAGCGAGAGUCGGGGAAAGGGAGAAAGAGAUCGAGAAGCUUCUGGAAUCAAACAACGAACAACGAGCUAGUACCGUACAAGUUCUGGAAGCGCUUCUGGAAACAGAACGGGCAGCUCGGGCAGAAGCGAAUAACCGGGCGGAAGCGCUUUCGGUUCAGCUUCAAGCAACUCAAGGGAAACUCGAUCUGCUCCAACAACAAAUGACUACUGUCCGCCUUAAUGAAUCUGCGUUAGAUGGUAGGUUAAAAACCGCUUCACAUGGGAAACGUGUGAGGGUUGAAGACACAUUGGAUUCUGUUCAAGAAAUGGAUGUUGAUGAUGGUAAUGGUGAUGGUGUUGGGAUUGGGGGUAAAAGAGUAAAUAAGAGGUCUAGGAGUACGACUAGCCCACUGAAAUUUGCUUCUACAGAAGAUGGUGGGUCUGUCUUUAAAGGCGAUGAAGAUCAUACAAAGUUUACGAUUUCGAAACUGAAACAAGAGCUUACCAAACAUAACUUUGGUGCUGAGCUGCUACAGUUGAAGAAUCCUAAUAAGAAAGACCUGGUGUCUCUUUAUGAAAAAUGCAUUCUGAAUCGGUAAGGUAAGUUGGUUUUUUUAGGUAUAGCGAGUGUAGAGAAGAAGUUAGGAGGAAAUAGGGUGUGAUUUGCCACUUUUACUACAUAGAUUUUAUCAUGUCAUUUUACUGGUGUGGUAUAAUUUUGUAGACACUAAACUUGCUUUGUAAUUGGAUUUUUUUUU